AUGGAUGUUAAAACUUGGUCUUGUCCCAAGUGUUCGUUGAUAAAUCCAAUGGAAAUGUCAACAUGCGAAGUUUGUUAUUAUUCUAAUGAACAUCCAACAAUCUGGAACUGUUUUUAUUGUACAUUUUUGAAUAUACAAGAAACAAAUGUAUGUGAAAUGUGUUCAGGAUUAAGGAAUAAAAGUCAAAAAGAACAAUCAUUACAGAACCAUACAAUAUCAUCAUUAUGUCAGAAAUGCCAGAAGUCGACUUCCAAUGGUAAAUCGAUUUGUGCCACAUGUGAACGAACUCCUGGUGGUUUAGUUAAUUCUUUAACUCCUCGGGGUUUAAUUAAUUCGUCAAUGACUCUUAAUCGAAGUUUAUCAACAGCAUCUAAACACAUGUCACUUCUUGUUGUGGAACGUCAGAAAAACGAUGAAACAGAUGCAGAAAAAAUCUCUAGAGCGAUCACUCGAUAUUGCCGAAGCGCAAACAUUCAUUUUGUGGAUGAUUCAUUUCCACCUAUCUCACGGUCAAUUGGAGAUGAUCGGCUUGGUGCCAAAUGUUCACAAUGGUUAAGAAUACGUGAUAUUGCUGCAAGGUCAGAUGAUGAUUCUAAAUUUAACUGGUCAGUUAUGUUGAAAGAUCCAAAUCCGGCAGACAUAGAACAAGGACAACUAGGUGACUGCUGGUAAGAGAAGGUUUCUAUAAUAAACAAAUGACUUUCUUUGCAAUUUACCUCAGUAAGUCGAACGUAAUCUCGAAAAUUUUUUCUCAAGGCCUGCUUUCUCUUACUUAAAUAAAUAAAGCUGUCGCGCCCUAGCAUCUCACAGUCGAUAUAUAUUAUUCUAUACACAAAACAAGCAGCAGUCAAUCAUUUCUGACUGCAUAGAUUUAUAUCAUGUACGUGAAACAGCUUGUAGCUAAUAGAUAAGAAAACAUACAGUGAUUUGCAACCUCAUUCUUGCUAGUUGCUUGAAUAUAUAUAUAUUUAUAUUCACGCCAGAGUUCGAGAUGUCAAGCGGAAUUGCCCAAGGGAGGUUGAAAAAAGGCAGUGGAUCCAAAAAUGAUCUAUUAAUUCAUUUUACAUUUGUCCUAUCACUGACGGAUUUCGGAUAUAGAUGAACACAGGUUAAAAUUUUCUUCCAUUAUUUUCUUUCACAUUUCAAAAACAUUCGUCCAAAAAAAUGUCCUUCUUCGUGAAAAAUUAGUCCAAAAAAAAGUGUUUUUCUCCAUUAAAACGUGAUUAAUCUAUAUCGUGCGUACGCUUAUUGUGCGUUUUCUUUUAUUCUGAAUAAAAAGAAAACGAAGCGACUUAUAUAGUACCGCACUCCAAAACUAUUUUCAGCCCUCAGAAGCUAACGUAAUGGAUAUCUAAACGAAACAGUUAUAGCAAAAUUACACAUUGAAGGAUAACAUCGAGUCAUUACACAACUUCAAUUAUUGUGCAGAAUAUAGGAAAGAACAGCGAAGUUGAUUUUUGCAGUUCGUCUGCAAAGAUCAAGUUCGUGUGUUCGAUCCUAGCUUCGUGCAAGGAUUGAUUUUGUGUUUUGAUAGUUUAAGUUUCAGAAUGAUAUAAUGGGAAUUUAUAUUCUCGUAAUUCUCCUAAUAAAACAGCAACUACUUUCUGUGAGAUUCGGCUAUUCUAAAAUGUGAACAAUUUCGUCGUUAUUCAGUACUUUAUCGAUGGGGAAAUAUCGAUGGAUUUAGAGGGAUCGAAAUAGUAGUUGAAGCCUCGAAAUCGAACGGUUGACGAGUGACUGACCUCGAGCCGUCGACUAUUCUGAUCGGUUUCGAUGGCUCGAAAAAUUGUAGAGGGUUAGAAAUUUAAGUUUCGAUGGACCAGUCAUUUCGAGGGAUUGGAAUAUCGAUGGAGCAGGUCCCCUCGAAAAAAAUUUCGCUCUGUCGGGAAGGAAUAUUCCAAAACUUACGAUUACUUAUCGCAUCUAUCGAAUGAGUUCUUUUAUCUGUCUGGGAAUGCAUAAAUUACAAUAUCCAACAUCGAGAGAUUUACUCCGGAAUAGUCCGCUAUACUGUGAUAAUCUCUCUCAACAUUAUUUCCACCAUCUCACAAUCAUGCUAAAUUAUCCCAAAAUGUCAGAUAUUCUGUGAGAUUGUGGAAUACAGUGAGACGUUGUGAAAAUAUAUUUGAGAUUUUGCUCACAAUGUAGCGGAAUAACCUAGAGUAAGCCUUUCGAUGCGGGAUAUUAUAGACUGCACAUUGUUCUACUUUUUUUUCGCAUUUAAUCGUCAUCAUUUUUUACAGUGCAGUUGCAAAGAGAUCGAAUUCACACAAAAGUGUUUCUAAUACCACCGUAUUAUUCAAAGUGCAAAGAUGGACUUGAAGUUUUGAAUUUUAUCAGACUUUAACAAAUCCUUUAAUUCCAUGUAAAUUCAAAUAAGUCCAAUAAACUAUAAAAGUACAAAACUCUGUAGUACUCCUUGAUAUUCACCAGUUCAGAAAAGUGUUUUGGAUAGUCUAUCUUAAGGGAGAAAAUAUCAAAUUUGUAGCAAAGUUGCGUGAAUCAGAGUUGGAACCGCUUGAAGUUUUCCUAACCGGACCAGACCGGCCGGUUUAAUGCGCAGUUCAACCGGUAAUAAACCGGUCGAUUCCAUAGCAGAAUAAAGUCCGGAUUUUGUGAAAAACCGAUUUUUUGCAGAAAGCUAAGC